AUGGAGAUCCCCAUCACAGACGAAAAUGACUUGCUCAAGAUCACACCACUUGGAGCUGGUAAUGAGGUUGGGAGAUCUUCCAUUUUAUUAGAAUACAAAGGCAAGACUAUUUUGCUUGAUGCUGGUAUUCAUCCUGCCUACAGUGGUUUAGCUUCCUUACCUUUCUAUGAUGAAAUUGAUCCUUCCAGCAUUGAUUUGCUUUUGGUUACUCAUUUCCAUGUGGAUCAUGCUGCUUCGGUACCUUACGUGAUGGAAAAAACAACAUUCAAAGGGCGUGUCUUUAUGACACAUCCUACAAAAGCUAUUUACAAGUGGUUAUUAAGUGAUUAUGUCCGUGUAAGCAAUAUUGGUGAUGAAGAUCAACUCUAUAGUGAAGAAGAUCUUUUGAAUUCAUUUCACCGCAUUGAAGCUAUUGAUUAUCAUCAACAAGUGGAAGUAGAGGGCAUUAAAUUUACUGGAUAUAAUGCAGGCCAUGUAUUAGGUGCUGCUAUGUUCUUGAUUGAAAUUGCUGGUGUCAAGAUUCUUUAUACAGGUGAUUAUUCAAGAGAAGAAGACCGUCACUUGAUGGCUGCAGAGAAGCCUGAAGGAUCUGUGGAUGUCUUGAUUACUGAAAGCACAUAUGGUGUCCAAAGCCAUGAACCACGAAUAGCUAAAGAAAGCAGAUUUACAUCACUUGUGCAUGAUAUUGUAGGAAGAGGAGGAAGAUGUUUGAUGCCUGUGUUUGCUUUGGGUCGUGCUCAAGAGCUGUUGUUGAUUUUAGACGAGUAUUGGGAAGCUCAUCCUGAAUUAGACAGUAUUCCUAUCUACUAUGCUUCUAGUUUAGCUAAACGUUGUAUGGCUGUUUAUCAGACAUAUAUCAACAUGAUGAAUGCUCGUAUUCGUAAACAAUUUGCUAUUUCUAAUCCCUUUGUAUUUAAGCAUAUCAGCAACUUAAAAAAUGUGGAGCAAUUUGAAGAUUCUGGUCCAUGUGUUAUGAUGGCAAGUCCUGGUAUGCUUCAGAAUGGUUUAUCUAGAGAGUUGUUUGAAAGAUGGGCACCAGACAAAAAGAAUGGUUUAGUGAUCACUGGUUAUUGUGUAGACAAUACUUUAGCGAGACAAGCAAUGAAUGAACCUUCUGACUUCCAAGCUAUGGAUGGGCGCAAGAUUCCCUUGAGAAUGUCUGUGGAUUAUAUCUCAUUUUCAGCUCAUGUUGAUUUCACACAAAACAGUAAAUUCAUUGAUGAUGUAAAAGCACCUCAUGUUAUUCUUGUCCACGGUGAAGCUAAUGCCAUGUAUCGUUUGAAGUCUGCUCUUCAAAGCAAAUACUCUGAAAAAGAAGAAAAUGUCACCAUCUAUACACCCAAGAACUGUGAUACUGUCAAGUUGCAUUUUAGAGGUGAAAAGAUGGCCAAGACUAUUGGUCGAUUGGCAGCCAAGUACCCUACUGAAAACCAGCCUCUGAAUGGCGUACUUGUGGUCAAAGACUUUCAACUGAAUAUUAUGAGUCCUGAAGAUUUGAAUGAAUUAGGUGGUAUGAUUACAACGGUAGUUACACAACGUCAAGUAGUUCCUUUUAAUGCAGGCAUUGGACUCCUCAAAUGGCAUCUUGAAAUGAUGUUUGGCAAUGUUGCUGAAAGAGAACUGGCUAAAGAUGAUGGUGCAGGAAAUCAACAAGGCACUGUUUUACGUGUGUUUGACACAAUUGAUAUCAAAAAAAUGACAACCGGACCCAAUCAAGUCACAUUAGAAUGGGUCGGUAAUGCUAUGAAUGAUAUGGUGGCUGAUUCAGUUUUGGCUGUUAUUUUGUCGAUUGAUAGCUCACCUGCAAGUGUCAAAGGUAAGAAAAUCAAAAAAAAAAAAAAAAAAAAAAAAAAAUCGGUCUUUACAGCAAUUGUUAACUUUAUGGUGUAG